AUGACGCCGGAGCUGCGGCAUGGGCUGUACGCCGUGGACCCCAAGGACCUCGGAGGCGACAAGUACGAGGCAGAGCGGGAGCAGGAUCGCGAAAACGAAAAGGCUAGGCUGGCGAAGGAACGCGCCCGGCUUAAGAAGCAGGAGAAGGAAGGGAGGAUGCAGCCUGACCCAGAGAUCGUGAAAGGCCUGCUCGACAUGUCCUUCUCAGAAAAUGGAGCACGUCGCGCCGCCCUCAAGACCAAGAACAAAAGCUUUAAUGCGGCCUUGGACUGGGCCAUGGAGCACAGCGAGGACAAGGAUUUCGAAGACCCUCUCCCCGGCUACGACGACGACGACGUGGACGGUGGCGGCAAGAAGGAGGACGAAGGUGCGGGAGGGGAAGAUGGCGGUGCUCCGGGCAAGAAGAAGAAGGGGAGCAAGAGCAAGAAUGCCAAGAUGAUUCCUCUAGAGCUCCAGAGGCUCUUCGCCCGACUGCAGCUGCUUGAUGCACGCACGGUGUCGACUGAGGACUUAACGGAGCGAGGUUUCAAGUGGAAGAACGACGAGGGCCGGAUGCAGCACGAUGCCCACGAGCUGAUCCGACUCCUGAUCGACCGCCUAGAGCGGGACAUGAAGCACUCCAAGGUUAACGCUGGCCUCGUCUCGGCUCUCUACGAGGGGGAUCUAGCCAAUCAGGUGGCAGGCCAGGAAGACCUGGUGACGAGCCUGCUGAGCUACACGCGACCCGAGCGCUUGUCCGGCGACAACAAGUACUUCUGUGACCAGUGCCAGGAGAAGCAGGACGCAUUGCGUUCGCAGACUCUGAGGGCUCUCCCUCCUGUGCUCAUCUUUAGCCUCAAUAGGUUUGAGUUUGACUUCGAGACGAUGGAGCGAGUGAAGGUCAAGCAGGAGUUCAAGUACCCCCUCACGCUGGACAUGGAGCCCUUCGUGGAAGGUCGGGCGUGGUCCGGCAACGACAACUCGGACGAGAGCCAAGUUCCCGAGCUGGCCGGGGACCCCGAAGUGCCGGGCACCUGUCGAAACCGCCAAAAGUGGGUGCCGCAGGCGUGGAACGACGCUCAAGCUGAAGCGAUCACGCUCCAAACAUCCCUCGCCGCCACAAGCGACCACGGCCAAGCUGCCAAAGACUGCCUGCAGGAGGGCCGGUGGCUCCCUCCGUCGGGGUUGAAUCCGUCUCAACCGGCCCACGCGGGGGAAGACGAGGAGAAGGAAGGCGUUGGCUUGGGGGGGGAUGGGGGUGGCCAAGACGAAGGCAAGAAGAGCGAUGGGCCGUUAGGGGUGGGGACAGGAUUGGCGGGGCCGAUGGAGCUAUUGCUGGAGGUGUUCGAGGACGCUCCGAAGCACCAAGACCUGGGGAAGCCUUGCAUGCAGCUGAAGGAGUUGAGGGCUAAGACGCGCUCGCGCUUGGGCGGCAAGAGAUGGGAUAAGGUAUUUAAACCGCGACUGGACAAGUUCAUCAUGGACCACGCAGACGUGUUCAUGCUCCAGGAGACAGAGACCAGCGGCGUGGAAGUGCUCCUCCUGCACAGGCCGGGGGGGGGUGAGGGUGAUGCCGCGGAGCCCCCCGCGGGAAACGCCGCCGAGAGUGGGGGGGGUGGGGCCCCCGGUGCGGAUGGCCAGCAAAGCUUGGCGCCAGCCAACGGAACUGCCCUUGCGGACACUGUGGGGGACGGCGGCGGUGGCGGCGGCAACGGGUCGGCGGCGAGCAAGGCGGUGCCCCCGGGGGCGGUGGAUGCGCUCGCGUCGGAGAAACACGGCCGGUGGUUUAGCUUCGACGACCGGAAGGUGACGCCGAUCUCUAUUCGCGAUCUGCAGAAGCCUUUCGAAGGGGCGGAGACUGCCUACCUUCUCAUCUACAGAUCCAGGAAUAUAAGCUCGAUUCGGAAAGGCCCGCUUUAG